AUUCCUUUUCCCUUAAAAUGAAGUCGUCAUCCAAACCGAUAGAUUUUCACCAGCAUGUAAAUUUACAUGUAAAAACUUUAAAGUUAAUUGGAGUGUGGUUCUACAUACCAUACCCUAAGAUAUCAAUCUGGUUUUGGCUGCACAUUUUAAUUCGGGUAUUGUAUGCCAUCUUCGCUUUUAUUAUACCACCAAUAGGACAGUUUGCUUAUAUCGUGAAAUUAUUGCAUUCGGAGAAUCGUGAGAUUCAGCGUAUCACUUCAAGCACCAACUUGGUCUUAACCGAGCUCUACGUUUCCUUCAAGCUUUUCGACAUGUUCUGCCAACGAGACUUGCUCAUCAAGUUGUUUGACCAGCUGAACAAUGUCGAUUUCCAUCGGUCUACCCACCCUGGACCUCACAGACAGGUUCUGAAACACGCUAUCAAGAUAUCGAAAAAUCUGUACUGGGUGUUCUUAGUGGGCUCGGCCGUGGAUGUAUUCAUUUCAGUUCACAUUGUGGUGGUGCCAAGUUUGAACAGAUUCCAAAAUUUGCCGGUGAACAUGGACUUCAUUUUUGUGGAUGCUAAUGAGCCACCAUAUUUGUACUAUGCUUGUUUUUACCAGAUAAUGUACAAACCACCCCUUGUAACAUUAAUGAUUGUCGAACAAACAUUACCGUGGUCUCUUUUAUUGUUUGCCAUUGCCCAAUUGGAUAUCCUAAUUGACAACUUCAAGAAUAUGGAGAUGCUCGUGAAAAAGACCAUGCUUGAGAGGAAGUGCGGAAAAGAUGAUGCCUUCAGAGUUCUGUUUAACCGUUUUAUACUACACCACCGCGCUAUUAUAAGGUUUAUAGCCACCGCCAAGAAAGCGUUUAGCGUUCAGUUUGCGUUGACUUUGAUAUUGAACUCGAGCGUUAUUUGCACCACCGGCGUGCAAUUCCUUUCGAUUGAAUCCCCGUCCAAGGAUAUAGUCGGCGUGUGUUGGAUAAUGGCAUAUAUGCUCAUUUUUGUCGCGAUGUUGUUUGGUGACUGCUAUUUUGGGAAUGCCAUUUACGUUAAGAGCACAGAAAUAGCGACGGUCGCCUACAGUAGCCCCUGGCUAGAGAUGCCACAAGAUCUACAGAAGAACCUGGUGCUUGUGAUCGCGAGAGCCCAGAAGCCUCUGGCCUUGACUGCCUGCAACCUCAUUACUGUAUCGCUACCCACCUUUACCACGGUAAUGAAUUGGACGUACAAAGCCUUCGCCCUUAUGAAUGGGAUGAAAUAA